UCCACACCACAACCCAGCUUGUGUUCUCUACUUGUUUUAGACACUAGUAGACUAACCAGAGCAAACAAGAAAUUCAGGAAGGAUGUUUAUGUUUAUCUUCUGGUUCUCAUUUGCUUCCAUUCUCUUCAUCUUUCUUCUCCAUUCCCUUUUCAAAUUCUUCAAUUCCAGCCCACUGAAACUCCCUCUUCCUCCUGGCUCCUUGGGUUGGCCUUACAUCGGGGAGACCUUCCAACUCUACUCUCAAGACCCAAAUGUUUUCUUUGCCUCUAAACAACUCAGGUAUGGCUCCAUCUUCAAGACCCACAUCUUGGGAUGUCCUUGCGUGAUGAUUUCGAGCCCAGAGGCAGCUAAAUUUGUUCUUGUCACAAAAGCUAAUCUCUUUAAGCCGACAUUUCCAGCUAGUAAAGAGAGGAUGCUGGGCAAGCAAGCUAUCUUCUUCCACCAGGGAGACUACCAUGCCAAGUUAAGGAAGCUUGUCCUUCGAGCUUUCAUGCCCGAAUCAAUCAAGAACAUAGUUGGCGAGAUAGAGUCCCUUGCCGUCGACUCUCUCAAGUCUUGGGAAGGCCGAUUGGUCAACACUUUCCAAGAAAUGAAAACAUAUGCAUUCAAUGUUGCACUGCUCUCCAUAUUUGGCAAGGACGAAGUCCUGUACAGAGAAGAUCUGAAGAAGUGCUACUACAUUCUUGAGAAGGGAUACAACUCCAUGCCCAUUAACCUUCCGGGGACACUCUUCCACAAAUCGAUGAAAGCAAGACAGGAACUGGCAGAGAUCUUGGCCAAAAUCCUGUCCAAGAGGAGACAGAUGAAGGUCCAACACAAGGACUUGCUGGGAUCUUUCAUGGACGACAAAGAAGACCUCACCGACCAACAGAUCGCAGAUAACAUAAUUGGAGUUAUAUUCGCAGCUCGUGACACCACAGCCAGUGUUUUGACAUGGAUUCUCAAGUACCUUGGAGAGAACCCGAGUGUUCUCCGAGCAGUUACGGAAGAGCAAGAGAGUAUAAGGCAGAGUAAAGAUAAAUUUCUGAGCUGGGCUGAUACCAAGAAAAUGCCAAUGACUUCAAGGGUUAUCCAAGAGACACUCAGAGUGGCUUCAAUUUUGUCUUUUACCUUCAGAGAGGCUGUUGAAGAUGUUGAAUAUCAAGGAUAUCUUAUCCCAAAAGGGUGGAAAGUGUUGCCCCUAUUCAGAAACAUUCACCACAGCCCAGAAAACUUCCCAGAUCCUGAAAAGUUUGAUCCCUCCAGAUUUGAGGUUGCUCCCAAACCCAAUACAUUUAUGCCAUUUGGCAAUGGGGUCCACUCAUGCCCGGGGAAUGAGUUAGCCAAGGUGGAAAUUUUGGCCCUUCUCCACCACAUAACCACAGAGUACAGGUGGUCUAUUGUUGGUUCAAAUAAUGGGAUUCAGUAUGGCCCUUUCGCUCUUCCCCAGAAUGGCCUUCCCAUCAAAUUACACCGAAAGACGAGAAACUUUCUAAAUAUAGAGAAAUAGCUAGGAUUAUCUCCUUUCUUGAGAAGAGGAAUAUGAAGAAGAGGAAUAGGUAUACACCCAAAGGAGACAAAACAAAAGAAAGAAAGAAAACAGAAACGAACCCAUGCAAGUGUGUACAGAAAAGUCUGCUGCAUACUUCAUAUAUAUAAUUCACUAGUUCAUACCCAGAUAGAGAAAGCAGGCAAAUUUAUGUUCAUUGUUUGAAAUAUGAUAUGAUUAGAGACCAAAUUGACAAAUUUUUUGUAACUAGAUUUUCCUUGUACUAUAACAAACUCCCCCCGCAAGGCAGGAGUCAAAAUUUCAAUGAGCAGAAGUUCUGAUUUUUAUUAUUGUCUGUACUGUACUCCUGCAAAAUCAAUAUGUGACGAGUAUUCAGAGUA